AUGGGCUACUAUUUCAUAGGCGGACUAGCUAGGAGAAGCCUAGGAUCAAGUUCGGAGCAACAAUCGCCCUGGCAGAUUGCUAGCAUGCUCCAGCAGAAGAAAGGGUUUGCAGCGUCCAUUGCCAGCUCGGCUGGUGUCGAGUCAGUUGGAGGCGGCAUGGCACAACACAACUUUAUUUACACAUCUGGCUCACACACGAAAGGUUGUGCUGAUGCCAAUGAGGAGCAGCUGCUGGGGCUGCAGCUGGCGGCGCAGGACGGCGCAGGACGGCGCAAACCUUAGUUGGUUAGUUAGCUGGGUAUGUUCUUGGAAGUUGGGGAUCUCCAUCUGCUCGGAAACGAGGGAAAAAGUCUGAAGAUGCUAUUUAUGAUUGCUAUUGUUCCUAUUAUUCUUCAUAUUCUUCUUCAACCAUGGCGAACGUGCAGAGUAUCCGUCAAGUGGCGCGGCAGGAAUAUCCAGGGAUCUGGUAACCGGCAGCUGGUUGAACUUGGUAAACUUAGCACCAUGAAUCUAUCUACGAUGUAUGAAGUCCAACCCGAGAUCUAAGAAACAAGAUGUACGCUGGGAAAUCACAAAGCGAAAACAAAAAAAACCAUGAUGGAACUCCGAUCCUCAAUAACCGCCUAUCACACUCGUAUCCUGCCGUUUUAGCUUGCCCUUUGGAGCACUCUGGCCGACCCAGUGUCUAAUUAUUUUCUUCUUUCUUUUUUUACACCGUUAUGUUUAUUCUUUUUUUUUUCCUUUCUUUUUCUGCUACAGGUCCAUGUCCCUUGGAAAAUCUUGAUAAAGUCCGUUCUGUCCAAUGUCCAGGUUCGCCGCCGGCCCCUUUCCAAAUUGAAUAUCAUGAUCUCGUUACUUCACCCAGCAUCCCAUGCAUGGCCUCUCAGUGCCAAGGUUAAAACUUAACUUCGCUCAGGCUUUCUUCCUAUCGAUCUGGACAAUUCUCCCUUCCAGCACCGGCGCAAUGGCCCGUGUCCACGCUGGCGAAAAUCCAUUCGUGGCGUGAUCAACGGGCUGCACCUUGUCAGGACCAAGCCCGGCCUUCUCUCGCCAUUUGCGCACAAAGUGUCGAGCCACUACCUCGCGGUGGUCUGCAUCUUCGACAGAUCGAGCGGCUGUAGUUACAUAGUUGCGAGGUCGGCUGAGGAUCUCCGGCUCAGAGUCAGAUUCAGAAUCCAUAGUGCUCUCACUCUCGCUAGUAGUGCUGCCGUUGCUGCCACUGUCAUAGCCAUCUGGUUGGUCUCCGCGUGAGAGCUGAUCCGCUGCUUUGCCUGGUUCAUCUUUAUGUCGUGGAUUGGCGCUCUCGUAUUGAAAGCUACUGGAAAUUUUUUCUGGGGUUUCAUUACCGUCUACGAUUGGUUUCUUGGGCUGCUCUUCUGGGGAGGCGAGCGGAGAGGUGGCUUCCAUCCAGCCAGGCCCGUGCCAGCGUUCGUUCACUGAGUCCCAGUGACGAUGCAGACUCGGGCCUAACCGAUUCCAUGUGCCAAGUACUUUCAGGCUGAGAAAAUACUGUCGAAGAAUUGUGCUGAUCAAAACCCCGUUUUCCUCAGAGAUUAUCUCCUCCGCUUCCCCCCCUUCAGACUCUGUAAGAAGUGCUGUAUACCCAUCCUUGCCCCGCGCCAUAUAACCGCGAGUCGCGAGUGUGUACAGCCUGUCAUCUUCAAGAUCUUCUCCACCUACUUUAACAAAGGCAAUGCGGGAUCCAGGUGGUGCGGAAAGUGCAUAUCCAUAUUGGAUGUUUGACACCUGGGGAAACCGCCCUUCGAGGGCCGGUAGUUCGGAAACGCCAUUUUCCAACGCGGCUCGCAGCGCCCGCCCCUUCACACGCAACACCACCACUGGGUCCUCGAAGGGGAAACAGUUGAGAAUAUCCUUCACCCUCAGGGGGCCGGGAGGAUAUAUCUGAUCCCCGCGAAUAGUACCCGAUGCCAUCAUCGCACAUUCCGCAUGGUGAUGGAAGCGCAUAAGGUCACACACGAAAUUGCCAAGGUUGGACUCCUUCCUCCGCACCGUCGUGAACCGCGCAUCCAGUGGGUUCGCCGUAUAACCGACUGGUUUCUGCAGCUUGGCUUUCAGUGCUGAAGUCAAUUUGGCCACCAGUUCGACUGUGGCAGGGUCCUCCGGUAUUGCUCGAACCACAUCGCGGCGUGUGAUAGAGAAGUCCCAGCCGCCGCUACCGUCCGUCUUCCGCCAUGCUUCGAUGUAGCUUAGUUGUUUAAAGUCCGUGCCCGAGCGGAGUACAUGGGUCGAUUUGACAAUGCUGUGUCCGUAGAAAUGGUCAUGCCCGCCUAGAAUUAUAUCAAUGAGACCUGUCGGCGUCUUUUUAGCCAAUUUAUUAUCGUUCGGUUCCCGCUGAUGGGUCACGGCGACGAUGAGGUCGGCGCCUUGUGCGCGCAGGCCGGGGACUAGUUCGUUUGCCGUUGCCGACGCCGACUUAUAGAUGAUAGGAGGGAGUGCGUUGACUGUAUCAAGCCUAAAGAUAAAAGUUGUCAAAUGACUACGUGUCAGUUAAAUUGUAUCAAGAACGAACCUAAAUAAUGAACAAUGAUUAUUUUUCUUUUUUCCC